AUGGCCUCAACGGAGGGAAACACUCAGACAUACAAGCUGACCUCUUUUGACAAUGACAUCAACCAACACUUUCAGGAUGCCAUUGAUGUGAUUCAACAACAUUCAAGUAAUUCAUAUUAUGAUUCAGAGUACACAUAUUGUGAGACUCUGGGUACCCAGCAGCCAUCACUGCAGUGCCAGAUCUCCUGCUGCCUCGUCACACGUCAGUCUGAAGUACCAGCUCCACUAUAUGACUGGAAUGACAUUGCACAGUCUUGGCCUCAGGUCAUCCCUGAUGUCUCCUUGGGUCACUCUGUGCAAAAUGAAUUGCCUCAUUUCUACUCAAUCUUACCACCACAGAGAACCAGCAAAGGUCGUAAGAAGCUCAGACUUUAUGAAUACCUCCAUGAGGCUCUGAAUGACCCCAACAUGGGCGACUCAAUCCAGUGGACAGACAACGGCAGCGGCACCUUCCACUUCAUCUCCAAGAACAAGGAGAAGCUGGCUGAGUGCUGGGGCCAACGCAAGGGCAACCGCAAGACCAUGACCUAUCAGAAGAUGGCGAGAGCUCUGAGAAACUACAGCCGCACUGGUGAGAUCAUCAAGGUGCGCCGCAAACUCACUUAUCAGUUCAACCCAGACAUCCUGCACAGGCUCGGCUCCGCGCAGGCCUCCAUGCACCUGCCUGGCCACCCUGCACAAGAGGAGGCCCACACCCGGCAAGUAAACCCCGCUGACCAGAGCUACAGUGGCUCUGCAGCGGUGGACUGGCACAGCUGGUACGGAAACUACCAUCUGCAGGAAGACUAUGAGCUGGCCUCCAGCUUCACUUCACACAGCAUAACCAAACUAUGA